AGGAUUCUUUGCUGUUUUGACGUCACUAGCGCGACGGCGUUCCUUUGACGGAUAUUCUCUGCGGCAACCUAAGAGCAGCAUGGCAGCUGGCGAGACCAAGACAGCCCUGGAAAUGGUCCAGGCCAAUGGAAACGAUGAUUCGUGCGUCACGUUCGUAUUGCAUGAAGAAGACCACACUCUGGGAAAUGCUCUGCGCUAUAUGAUCAUGAAGAAUCCCGAAGUUGGAUUCUGCGGAUACAGCAUUACUCAUCCAUCCGAAAGCAAAAUCAAUUUCCGCAUCCAGACACGAAAUGGGACUCCUGCAGUGGAGCCGUUUAGGAGAGGACUCAACGAACUCGUGGAUGUCUGCCAGCACGUACUCAGCACGUUUGAGGCCAGUAUGAAAAAUUUCAAGGAGCGUAAAGAGGAGGCCAUGGAAUGAAACCCUUUAAGU